CGGCAGUGGCCUGGUGACUCUCAAUUUCCUCUCUUGUUACUCUUACCGCAUUGACUCCCAUUUGAAACUUGUCCCAUUCGAAAUGCCUCUUCUGAGGUCCCCUUACUCUCAUUGAAACUCUCACUAAAUGCUCUUUUGACAUGGCUCACUUAAACUUUACUCCUCCACCUACUCCCUCUGAUACGCUGACAAAUAGCGAACUUGUCGACAUUGCACAUCCUAUGCGCCAUGUUUGGAGGCACCGAUAUACCAAUUCCCAGUCCUCUCUACACUACGAAUCAAGCAAGCCCGCCGCACAGACAAAUGAACUCAAUGAUAAAAAAGCAAAGCAGCUGCGACACCGAAGAUCGACAGGAAUGGUGAUACAGAAAUUUGAUAGUACUACCUCGCAGCGUUCAUUUUGGAGCACCGCAUACAUGCCUGAACUUGAUAGGGAUAUUGCCAAUCCUGAAAGCGAAGCUUUUGAUAGCUUUGAUCACCACAACUCUGAUUUUAAAUCAAGACGGCAUUCUGCCAGACGAUUUUACUCGGUGGAAAAUAUUCGUGAAAAUUAUACGCGGCCGGACACCUUUGUCACACAGUCGCAUUUGACGACGCCAAUGACGAGACCAAAAACCCGUCCAAGUCCGCUAAAUCUGACGGACUCCUCGCAGAAGAAGAUAAAGGAAAAAAUGGACCAGAGACCGGCACAACCUUUACUUGGUAUGGCCAGUGAAGACCAGCAUACAAGUGCGAGCUUGGAUAUCGACGAUGAAUUUUCUAGCGUACGAGACCAAAUUACACAAAUUACCAGAGAACUCCAGCAAAUGCAAAUCGAAGAACUACAAAUCCAGGAAAAAGUAUUUGUUGAUGAUAGGAAGCAACGUCAAAAACUGAUGGAGAUCUCUCAACGAGAUCGUAUUCAACAGGGCAGACGGUUGAGCAUAUCCAACACCUAUCAAGUUGAGCCAAUUAACCAGAACUUUCACCGACACCAUCGAGUUCGUAGUGACGGCAGCUUCUUUUCACACCAACAAACUCCGUCGCUCGAUACCUUUGUUUCCUCCUCCUCCACUGAUAUUAGCUUGGCUCAAGACAGCCAACUCCUUUCAGAUUCAAGUAUAGAUCAUCAUUUUCUGUCACCUCGCAUUUGUGACAUUCAAGGCCGACACAUUGGUGAUAGCGGUUACCGCGAUAUACAAAGCUACAAUGAUGAAAACGAUGACGAACAAGACAAUGACGAUACCAUUUAUCAGUCGCUACCGGCCAGCCCCAACAUGACUACUUUAUUGCUCACAACCAACAGUCUCAUAACGUCCCGCAUGGAAGAAAUGGCAAGAUCCGUUAGUCCCCAUCACCUCGAAGAGAAGAUGUGGCAGAAUGAUUUUGUCGAAGUGAUGACUCAGUGCAUUCAUCAGUCAGAAGAACUUGAGAGCCUUUCCACGGAACUUUUAAAAGUGGAACGACAGAUGAGAGAGUUAUUUCUUCUGAAAUCAGCGCUGGAAGAGCAACUAGAGCAAACAGAAUAUUCGUACAACAACCAGAUCGAACAAUGCCAUCGAGCCCUUGCUUUACAACGACAAAUGAUCAACGAUCUGGACUACAUGAUGAUUGACAUUGACAGAAAAAUUGAUCUCAAUAACCAACGAUUACGCAGAAAUGAACUUGAUCAAUAUGAUGCAUUACGGAACCUAGGCGACGAAGUGACCGUUAGCAACAUAUUAGGACUGACUAAGAAGGAAGAACUGAUUGCUCGUCUUCGAUGGGAAGUUGGUCGCUUCAUUGGCGGUGGGGUUGGUACUGGCUCUAUCAUUCAUGCCUACGAUUCACCGGAUGCUGGCCAUUCUAUGAUCAUUGGAGGCACUGCUUCGUCUAUGGAGACCAGUCUCCUAAACAAUUCCGCCGACCCUUCCUUGUCUUCCAAACGAGCUUUAGCUCAGCAUCAUCAAUACGUCCUACACCUUAGCUUUGAACAAUGGAAGGUGCAGUUUAAAAAGGUACCCCAUGAACGCUGGGUCGAUGAUGAUCUUGUAGAUCAAUGUCAAUUUGUACGCUUAGAUCAAGUCGCUCCUGCAUCGCGCUGUCCUGUUCAAUUCAAUUUCUUCCGUCGAAGGCACCAUUGUCGACGGUGUGGAAAGAUAUUUUGUCACGAACACUCGUCAAAUCGAAUUCUUUUGUUCCAUCCAACCGAACAAUCUAGUCAACAUGAACCAUCUGCUGGCGAAUGGUGCAGAGUUUGUGACAAGUGCUUUUUCAAUCUUGUCACCGUUGUUGUUCGUCCCAUCGCCUCAUCUGUACCACCCUCCCUGUAAUUUUAAAUAGCAUUCCUCCACCCAUUUAUCCUGCCAUAUCUAUUUUCCCCUCACUAUCUAAUCUAUAAACUUGUCUUAAUGGAACAAUG